AGUGUUGCUUAUUGCCCGGACGGCUGGCAGAGGGCAUAAAAACAGAUUCAGCGCUGUACUUGUGCACUGUUAGCCUCAAAAUUCUUCCCUCUGCUGUCUUUCUUACAACAUUCGAUACACUUUGCCAACCUACUUCACCUGCAAAAUCUCAUCGGGUUGACAUUGUGGACAUAUAUGAAUCUAUACGUGAAAGACAGCGUCAUGACAGCGAAAGGUCUACGUGUAGCACCUUAGAGCAGAAUGACAUAGAAGCAGUCCAGGCACUUGUUUGUAUGAGCUCCUGGGGUCAAAGAUCACAGAAAGGUGACCUAUUAAAGAUAAGGCCACUUACACCCAUCUCAGAUUCAGGUGACUUCACCAUGCAUGCAGAAGCUGCCUCUGAAUUACCAAAGGAUUAUCACUUUUUGUCUACACUGUGUAUGACCCCACCCCACAGCCCUGAUUUUGUUGAGCCAUCGACUACAAUGCUCCUUUCUUCACAAGUCACUUAUUCCAAGCCAAGGACAGUCAUGGCAAAUACAUCUGUUUGCGUAGUCACCUCUACAAACUGUGCAUCUGCCAUAGCCAAACCAUCUGUCAUAAACAUGGAGAGACAGUCCAGUCAGAAGUCAGCAAUACCUGAGCCACCUGCCCCUCAGCCUUGCAGGGCCAUGGCAACCAGUGUGAUACGUCAUACGGGCGAUAGUUCUGCUUACCCCCACAUUCCUGCUGUGCAAGUUAAGACAAAGGUAACUUCAGGCAAUUGCAGCACUUCCACAGACUGGUGUGAAGCACAAGACCGAAGACAUUCCAGAGUUUCAGAGGACAUGGAUACUGCUGAUGGUUUAAUUAGUGAUACUUCACCAGUACAUCAGGCUUAUGUGCACAACUCCAGUUGUAACGCUACCAAUAAAGGGCAACAGCCAAUACGGCCUGUUUCACCGCGGACUUGUUUACCAAAGAACUGUGACAACUACCUACAGAAAAAAGCCACCCAGCUGCUACCUACCCCUGUUUCAAACCCCCAAGUCAUCUGCCAAAUGAUCCCUUUUAACAGGCAAAGACGUAUGAUUUCUGCCUUUAUAAAACCCCCUACACAGACAGUCGCAACUACUGUCCAACCUAUUUUACCCCAAACAGCCCCAGUUUCUCAGCCUGUUCUCAUGGGAUCUUCUGUGCCUCAGGGGACUGUUAUGUUGGUUCUUCCACAGACUGCUGUUGCACAGACACCACAGUGCCAACAAACAGUAAUGACUGUUGGAAACACAAAGUUAUUGCCUCUUGCUCCUGCACCAGUCUUUAUUGCUUCUGGUCAAAGCUGUGCACCUCAAAUGGACUUCUCAAGAAGGAGAAAUUACGUUUGCAACUUCCCAGGCUGUAGGAAAACUUACUUCAAAAGUUCCCACCUCAAAGCCCAUCUUCGUACUCACACUGGAGAAAAACCUUUCAGCUGUAACUGGGAAGGCUGUGACAAAAAGUUUGCCCGCUCAGAUGAACUUUCUCGACACCGAAGAACUCAUACUGGAGAGAAGAAGUUUGCUUGUCCUGUGUGUGAUCGUCGUUUCAUGCGCAGUGAUCACUUGACAAAACACGCCCGACGUCAUAUGACUACAAAGAAAAUACCCAGUUGGCAGACACAGGUUGACAAACUGAACAGAAUUGCUACAGCAGAGAAACCUAAAAGUGAUGGUGCAUUGAACAUGCUCAUACCCAUACCAACCUCUGCCUAAGUGGGCUAGUUGGACAAAAAAUUUGCUCUCUGAACUUUCUAAAAGUCAGGAAGAGCUACAAUGGUUAAAACCGAAUUGACGAUGUUUUCUUAAUUUCUGUUCAUAUUUGCCUCUUUAAUAGGGUGGAAAAAAGGUAUGUAAUUAUUUUUUUCAGUUUAGGCUCUGUUCUGAUGAUAUCAUAUGAGAACUCAAUUGUGUGUGUGUCUCUCUUUUUUGGUUCCUCUUUUCCUCAACAUUUGGGCAUCCAGUCACCAGCACUUCAGAAAAGCAGAACUCUUUGGAAACAAUUUGGGUACUAGAGUAUUAAAAGCAAAACUCAUUUGAGUAACAAUUGCUGUUCAUAUUUGAUACAAAGUAAAACAAGUGAUUUUUAAUGUUUUAUAUACUAGUAUUUUCUAUACAAAAUAUAUUUUAUAUUUGUUCAGCUAGGGCUUAGCCUGCCGUCAUUGAAACUACUUGCAUAAGUAAAAGUGUGCAAAAUCAGACCUUUUGUUUGGAAACUGCUUUUCACUAAGCCGCAAGAAACUUAAUUAAAACAUUUUAUAAACAUAUAAACACAUUGGUUAACUCAGAAUGUUUUGGAACUCUACACAUUUAGAGCCUGAUCCAGCAAUCAGUUUGCACAGUCAGACCUUCAUUCAGAUGAGAUUGCAGGAGUGGGACUUAAAAGCCUGUUGCCAUUUACAACAACAACAACAACAAAAAAAUCUCCAGGAAUAAAUGUGCUUCUUGAAAUCCACAACAAUUAAUUGAAUUAGGUUCCUUGAAGGAAAAAAAUUGCACUUAGCAUGUUUCAUACAUUUCGCUGUGGUAAAUCCUUAUGACUUCAGGUGGAAGCUUGAAAGACACACACUCCUGAUUAGUUUUUGUUCUGACUGAGCAAAGUUUGGAGAGCCAAGACUAUUCAAGUGGAUGCACAAGGACAGCUGCUUCUGAAGAAUUUUGCCACCAUUAAGAGAUUUUUACUUGUUGAUGCUAAUCUGCUGCAAUCUACUAUAAACACAAAACUGGUAGAUGGUGACAAAACAGCUGUCAUGUGUAGUAAACUGGAUCUCUGAUUUGUAUUUCUCUGUUUUUAAAAUGUUAAGAGUUUUUUUUUUUGUUUUUUUUUUAUAUAGUGUUUAGGUUAGACUCUUGCACACCUAGUAAUGAACUGUUCAAGACUUCAGUUUGUGUAUCAAAAGCACACACCCAAAGUCUAAUUUAAAACACAGCCACUUUGUUAAACUGAUGAGCCUCUUAUGGCCUUAUACAUCAUGCUAUUUUGCAUGCAGAACCACUCUUCUCUAUGAAAUGAAAUAUUCUUCCUGUUGAAUGGACUUUCUUUUCCAUCAAAGUAGGUUAUGACUAAGAUGAAUUGCAAAAUUGCCAGCUGCAGGACUGCUCUGUUGUAACUUUCUUUAGUAGCAUAGUAUGAUUAACAAAAUUAAAUGUGUGUAGCACAACUAGAUCACUCAGCUUCUGUGUCAAGAAGAGCGCACACACACACACACACACACACACUAUAUUAACAAGCAAAGAUGUUUGCUGUAGUGCUGAGAUCAGACUUGGUGUAACAUCUGACAUUUCAUUAGUACCCAGAAUCAUUGGCUAUAGAACAGACUAAAAAUAGCUUUUUGACUAGCGUGGUACCUUCCUUAAUCCAAAUAUUUCUGUUCUGUCGGUUGAUUCCUUGUGCAACUUGGCUGCUUCUAUUGCAAACAUCUUUUAACAUUAACAAUUUCAUAAGGACUUUGCCUGAAGCUUAUUUAUUUAUUUCAUUUGAGUCUAAAUUUCCUAUCGUGAACAGCCUUCUCCUUAAAGUGUGGUUCUAAUCUGAAAAGUAAUAAUAUAAAAAUGGUAUUUUCAUACUCCAGGUCAUCUGCUUCUUGUGUGUGCAUUCAGUUGCAUCUCCCUCUUUACUGACAAAGUAUGUUUUUGCUACUCUUUGCUCUUAUGAGCCUGUCAAGUCAACACAACUAAUAGAGCAUGAGCUGGAUUCUCUUCCAUUUUGCAAAAUAAUGGUUUACUAAGUUCAGUCUAUUACACUUUUUGAAAUCCACUGAGUGUCCAUAUGGAACAGUAUUUCAAUUUGAAGUAAAAUGAUUGGACUUUCCUACUACCAGCAAAUAAUACAUUGAAACUGUCAGUAAUAUUGAGCUUUUGAGAAGAUAUCUAAAUUUCCAGAUGAAUAAAACAUCAAUAUUUGGAAAUGUGCUGCAUGUUGCACUGCUUCAUUAGUCUGAAAACUUGGUUUUGUUGUGCAGUAUAUUGGUCUGAUUCUGCGCACAUAUGGACUGGUGCAAACACGCUGAAAUCAGUUUAUAGUUCAUGUGAAGUCAGUGAAGCGCAUGUGUAACAGCAGAAUAUACUCCUAUAUCUAGGUUUUUAUGCCUCUGGUUAUAGUUAUUGGUAAUUUUAAGAUUAUGCUAAAUUGAAACAUUGCGCUCAGUGUACUUAAUUUUUGUGCAUAUCCUUUAAAAUGUCCAAUCGUUGUUCAUUUGACAUUUAUUAUGACACAGCUAAUCAUCUGUACUCCUGGGGGAAUUCUGCCCCACUGCGCAUGCACAGAAUUUUAUGUGCUUUGCAGAAUUUUUUUCCAGCAGACAAUACAUGCUGGGAAGGUGCUGCAGUUACUCCUUUUGCCCACCAGGGGCUGUUGUGUCGUCAGAACAGAGAGCAGCCGCUUCUGUGCGGGAGCAGCCGCCGCUGCAGAUAGGGAAGAAGGAGAGGCUGCCUUCCUCACAGCGUCCUGCCUGUGGGGCCAGGUCAGAAGGCACAGGAUAUGGGGGGACAGACAGCAUGGGCUGCUGGGGAAAAGGUCACAGACGAGUUCAGAAAGGCAAGUGGGGGCACAGAUUGGGGCGGGGACUGAAUGGGAGUGGGGGUGCAGGGACACGUGGGGAAGUAGGGUGGCUGAGUGGGGGUGCAGGGACACGUGGGGACAGGGGGAGAUGUGCCUGUCUGAGAAGGGCUAGGGGGUCAGUCAGUGUCUGCAUGAUGGAGGCUCCCUAACAAUCCCUCCCUGUUCAAAAAACACCCAGCGUGAUAUUUUGACAAAAUAUGCAAAAUUUUGCAGAAUUCCCCCAGGAGUAAUCUUGUGUAUUGCUGUAUGUAUGCAAAUGUUUAUUUUUCAAAGGGCUACAUUGUAAUUCCUCUUUUUGGUAAAGUGGAUACUUGGACUGUUACUCUUGUGGUGUUUGAGUACUGACAGGAUACAAGCUUAAUUCCAUUGCAAAAAAAGAUUAGCCCUGCUCUUCAUGCUCUAGGGAAGAGAAGAGCAAAAAAAUCUGCCUAUGGACUGUAGUGCGACUGGGUGGCUUUUUUACUUGACCCAAACAUGACAUAUCAACUUCAAAACCUAUUUUGGUAAACAAUUUUUUUUUAAUUUGGCAGAAUAUUUUGAUAUUUCCCAGUAGCAGAACAGUUUUGGAAACACCCUGUAAGUAAUUUUGUAGAUGGUCUUGUUCUUUUGCUUGUCAGAGAGAGAAAAAGAUGCACAGGAGAGUAUGGGAUAAAAUUCUGCCCAUAAAUGUGCAAGCAUAGUUGUCACUGGUCCCUGUGCCCUGUUCGCAAUACCUCUAUCUCCUAUUUACUUAGGAGUUAGGGCCACUUAGAAGUCGGCAGGAACUGUGUGUGAGCAUUAGACCGUGCUUAUUUAGAACCUGAGCCUGCAAAUAGCUGAAUAGAACUGAGCAAAUAAUAGAUUUUUUUGAUUUGGGUGCUGAACUGAAAAGUUUAAAAAAAAAAAAAAAAAAAAAAAAAGGCAAACCAAGCAAAUUUUUUGAAAUUUUUAAUCAAACAGAAACUUGGAAAACUUUCAUUUCCAAUUGACUGAAACAUUUCAGGUAGAGUCAAAACAGUUUUGUCGUGUUUAUAUUCGUUAUGAGUGAUUUUGUUUUCAUUUGGCAGUUUUGGGGUAUUUUUCACCCUCUUUUGUAGUGAUGGUCCUUUUUUUUUAAAAAAAUUGGCCAAAUUUGAUAAUGGAAUGCGAUUUUAAAGCAAAAUGUCAGAAAGAAAUGUUUCUAAAUGAUUGAAAUGAAAUGUUGACUUUUCCACACACAAAUUUCAAGGUGUUUUGGCUGAAACUGUUUGUCAGAUUUUACCCAAAUUCGGGAAUAGUUUUUGACGCUCUGAAAAAGGCAUUUUUUUGGUGAAAUUUCUAUUAGCGGAAAUAUUUCACCCAAUGCUAUGGCUGAACGUAUCCUGUGAGGUGUUUUGAGGGCGCUCAUACUGUUGGGCCCAAGGGAAGCAAAGUACUUUUGUAAAUGUGCUUGAAUAACUAAGCCAAAAUUUGAAACUUUUUCUUGCACAGUAUAAGGGAGUAGAAACAGAAAAAUGAAGUUGUCUCAGUGGAUUAAACAUGACCAGGUAAACUGUCCUAGUGCACUUUAAUGCCUGCACAAUUUUGUUCAGUCUUUUUACUGCGAGCCUAUAAGUAUAUUUCAAAAUAAAUUUUAAAAUUUUCA